UUUUCUUUUGGGUUCAAGAAAUAUGGAAACUCUGCAUUCUGGGGUCAUUUUGAAACUUCUUGAAGACAUGGGUAUUGAAGAGAGAACAGUUACUGAUGAUUGUGAUGUUUGUAAGAAGCCUGCGUUGUUACAGAUUAGAAGCAUAAUUCCUGUGUUGGCAGAAGGUGAUCUUUGGCCUAAACAAGGUUUUUUCAUGAAAGUUUCGGAUGCAACGCAUGCUAUGUAUGUUUCUUUGUCCCAAGAAGAAGAUGAGAUGGUUCUAUGUAACAAGUUGCAACUUGGGCAGUUCAUAUACGUGGAGAAAUUGGAGGUAGCCUAUCCAGUGCCAGUGCUUAAAGGGGUAAGGCCAAUUCCAGGGAGACAGCCUUGCGAUGGGGAUCCCAAAGAUCUUGUCGGCAUUGACAUCAUGGAAAAGUUUGGUGGAGCGUCGAAAUUGCUGAUGCAAGACAGAAAUUCUGUGAAGAAAAUGUCAAGAGAAAGGGCUCGGUCUAUAAGUCCUCAUAGGGUACCCUCUGGGGACCGGAGAGCGAGUCUUGGAGGCCAGAACUGUGGGAUUAGGGCUCCUGAUGUUGAGAAAGAAGGCUUUGGUAGGGGUUAUUCAAGAGACCAAUCAAGUAUAGUUGAUAAAGAAAGCGGUUCAGAUUGUUUGACGUCAAGUUGCUCCUUGGAAUCACAUUCCAGGAGAAGAAGCUGGUGUGGGAUAGCGAAAACAAGAAGUAGGGAGAUUCCAGACGCCGCAGUUGUCAAGCAUGAGAUAAUCCCUCUUCGCCAUAGUCCUAAUUGUUAUGUUUCACCAGUUUGUCCUGCUAGAUAUAACAGCAACGAUAUUAAUUCAAACACCAGAACAAGUAUAAAAGACAGUAGUCCAUCUCCAAAACCAGUUCAAAGUCCAAAAGGGAAUAGAAACUCUUCAUUAGCAAGAACUAGUAAGGAGCCAUUAACUGAAGCAGGGACACGCGCGUCAUCCAAUAAUAAAAAAUGGGAAGAAACUGACAUGUUGUGGGAUUCCCUUGCCUCUUCCUUGGUCGAACAGGGAAAGGAAGUACUAAGGCAAAGGGAUGUCGCUCUGCUUGCAGCCGUUGAGGCUUUGCAAGAGGCUGCUGCUACUGAGAGAUUGCUCAGGUGCUUAAGUUCAUUUUCAGAGCUUCAGUUGGCAAAAGAGGAUGAUCAGCAGCCUUGCAUUAACAAGUUUUUCAAGCUGCAAGAUUACAUGGCUCAGUGUAGAGCAAUUGUUCAUUCGUUAAGAAAUAUUAGUCCUCUAAGAACGGAUGAUAGUGAUCUGAGUAGUCCUGGUGCCAUGAGGGAAGCAGUAAAACUGGCAGUGGAUAGAAAGAGAAAUGCAACCACAUGGGUUAAAGCCGCUGUGGCAUCUGAUCUUGUCCCACUUUCUGCUUCUAGAACCAAAAAUGUUUCCGCAGAGGCAAAAAUUGCAGCAAAAAGCUCAAACAAACCAAGUCAGGUUGCCAAGCUGAAAGGCACUUCUACAAUUAGGAAGCGAAGGAACAUUUGUGAAUUUUAUUCUGGAUUGGCAGCUGAGAAGGAAGCUCUCCCAGAUUGGGUGAGGGGAAGUACCUUGGGUACAGCUCGAAAUUUGGCACAAGCUUUGCAGGAUGAAUGUAAAACAUGGUUUUUAGCUUAUGUAGAGAAAUAUUUAGAUAGAUUUAAAAAUAAAUGCCUUUUGAGGGUUCGUGAUAGACAGGUAGCUGAAUCUAUGUGUCAGAUCAAGAGAUUGAACGACUGGUUAGAUAUGAUGGAGAAGGAGGGAGGCAGUGACAACUUUACGCUGGAGAGUUCUAAAUUAGAAGCAUAUGGAAGGCUGAGGAACAAAAUAUACGGGGUCCUUUUGAAGCAUGUUGAAAGAACUGCGAUGGUUUUGGAGAAUAUGAGUGCAACUGCUGAAGGUUGGAACUCUGCGGGUUGCUCAAUCAGUUUGGCAUCAACGCAAGAGGAAUAAACUAACAGAACUCUGUUUAAACCUCGAGAACCUCACAUGGUAUUAACACCAAAAAGGUGUCAUUUGAAAGCCAAGAAGCAUUUAGUUUCAUUUUUCUUCUGUUGUUUGCUGCUAGGCACUAGCCAGACAGAGACAAAGAGUACAUGUUGGUGAUUCUGCGACCACAUGUUAGUUUUCUAAACAGCAA